CAUAUGUGCUCACAUAUAUAGAGAGAGAGAAAGACUUUAGCUUAUAUAAUUCACAUGCAUAUACUAACAUAUACACAUAUAUAACUUUAAUAAUAUUGACCAAUUGAGUGAACUCCUAGCUAGCUCUUAAUUUUGAGAGUAGUACGUACAUUUAUGAUGGCCUUGGUUCAGAAACCUUUCACUGUAGCAACAAUAAUAGGGUUGACGACCUUGGUAGUGUUGAGGGUGGCAUGCAAUACUGCAGAGGCGGCGGCGGCGAAAACUCUUGAAGCUAACGGUGGCGGCGUGAAUCCAAUUUCGUCAACGGCAAUACAACUAGGUCGCUGCCUGGUCACGUGUGGGACCGGCAUUCUUUCCUGCGGUGGCACCUGCGGCUUCAAUACCGACACCACCGAAGCCAUGGGGUGCUGGACCGAGUGUGGCACCACCAACAUGGAUUGUUUAGGAGCUUGCCUCGACUCCACUUAGCUACCUACCUACAUUUGUUUAUUGCAUAUUACACACACACUCAUAUAUAUAUAUAU